AUGUGGAAGUCAGGUCUAUCGAUUCUGAUACCAGUCAUGUUCCUCAUGUCGAUACUUUCUUUAAGCAUGUUCGAACUCAAAACGAUGACUUCUUUCAACGUGCAUCACCUGACCGAACACAAACCGUUGCUCGAUCCAAGGGACUUCGGUCUUCCAAGGGAAGGUCUCUCUGUUAACGGCAUUGCCUUCGGUUGGGUUCCCGACGACAAGAUAGGUUCGUCUAUGAGCCUGGUGAAUGAAAGAGUUGGUGCACCAGGUAGCACCAUGGGAAUCUAUUCUCAAGUGACAUCUGCGGACGAGUUUGAUGAUUACCAAUUUACGGAACCAAGCCGAUUACGCGACAUAAUAUCUUCAAAAGCUGUUUUGAUAGCCACCAUUAUGCCUCUCAUUCCUUUUGAAACUUUUACGCCCGCUCUCUGUGCCCAAAUCGCCUCGAGUAUGAGAAAGCUCACAGACGAAGGAGUUUUUGUGUGGUUACGUUUUGCUCAUGAAAUGAAUUGGUAUUCUCGAGAUGGAGAUGGACCCGCUCUUCACGGCGGUAACCCCAAUCUCAAGAACACCUACACCGGCACUCCUGUUCAAUUCAUUCAGAUGUGGAACAUACUCUCCGAGGCGGUCAAAGACAAUUUGAUGGUCAAGAUGUUUUGGUCUCCGAACAGCGGCCAAGAUAAAGAUCAGUGGUUCCCUGGGCCUGCCGUUGUUGAUAUUAUAGGCAUGGACUUUUACCCGAAAGACCGCAGCAGGACGCCUGAGAAGGUUUACAAGCCUAUCCAUGACAACUAUGCGCUGAAGUAUAAUCUUCCCUUCGUCAUAGGCGAGACUGGAGUUAAAGGGUCUUCGAGCUCGGAAUUCAAGAUGUGGUGGUUGAGUGGGGUGGUUGAUAGCAGGCUUAAGUCUGCUCUUCCAAAUUACAUGUCAUGUUCUUGGUUCGAAUUCGACAAAACAGACGACCCCGAAGGCUAUGACUACACAAUUGUGUUGAAAGACGGCGCGCUGUUAAAUAGAACGAAGAGUAUCUUAAUUCCUCGGUAA